UCUCUCUCUCUCCCUCUCUCUCCCCUCCCCCUCAUUGCUGCAGCCAUGCGAGGUGGACGUCGGGCCGGUGGCGGCGGUGGCAUGAGUAGCGGCUCGCGCGGCACCACCAGCUCCAGCUCCAGCUCCGGGUCCUCUUACCGGCGCCGGCAGACUUACUCCUCGGGCGGCAGCUCGUCUUCCUCUUCAGACUCCUGCUGCUGCCCGCCCGAAGCCUCGCACAAUUUGUUCUGCUUUGUGUUUUUUUGCUUUUGCAUUACGGACAUCUUCCACCGGCCCGAUUUUGUGCACAGGCACCGGCGAAUUUGCGUGGCGGCCUUUUGGAUAGGGCUUCUGCUGACCCCGGUGGCCAUGUCGGUGUGCCUGUCGACGGUGCCGCUGUACACAUCGCGGUCUUGGUCUUUCCAGCCGUCCGGCACCUUCAAGACAAGUGUCCAUCCCUUCUUCUAUGAGGAGGUGAGCCCGCUGUCCGGGUCGUCGGUCGAGACGUACCUUAUCCCGGCGUCCGAGGGCCCGGUGAAGCGGGUCAGCCAGCUGACCGGGGACAUGGUUUCCGAAAUGAAAAGCCCCUCAUCGCAAUACUACCGAGCGAUGGAGGUCUACCUGCCGGCCGGGUCGGAAUUGGUGUCGGUCCUGUCCGGGGAUGUCCCCUGCCCGUUGGAUUACAUCAUCAUCCGGGGGGACAGUAACUUCGAAGACUGGGCGAGUGGCUACAAGGUGCCGGAGGAAUUCCACGGGAUCGUGUUGCCGAACCAGCCGCUACUGCACGUGCUGCUGACCGGCACCUCGGAUACCUUCUUCUUCGUGGUGUUCAAUGACUCCAACUAUCCCUGCCCCAAGCCGCCGCUUUUCAUGCAGCUGUCCUUGAAUGCGCCGGCGUAUCGGCUGCCGCCGAGCCAUCGUCUGACCCGCGGCCAGGCGGCCCCGGUGCCGGCCGACCACCGUGGCAAGGCGUCGAUCAUCUUUCACACCCCGCACGAGCUGAAGUACCACGACGUGCAGGUGAAAUACUCCAAGCGGCCGGGGUCUUUGGGGCUGGUGCUCGGCCUGGGCAUCAGCCUGCCCUUCGUGCUGGGGCUGAUUGUCAUGUUCAUCAGCUGGGUGGUGUACCGGGUGGAGGCCCGCCGGAAUUGGCGGCACAUCGGCGGGCACACCUGGGUCCGUCUGGAUGGAGGCGCCGGCAAGGUGGCCACGGAGCCCCUUUUGGCUGGGGGGAGUGCCCCGAUGACGAGCGAGCCAUCUGACGACAUCAGCUCGGCCUCGAAAGUGGCCAAGACCCCGAAGCCGGUCUUUCUCGACGGGCCGAGGGCGCCGGCUGAGUCCAGGCGUUUCUCCACCUCCUCGGCGGACCCGAUUCCCACAUGGGUUUUCGGCGGGGAGGAAAGUACCUCGGCGUCGGCAUCCUCAAGCUCGCUGGCCCUUUCCGAGGCGGGGUACGACAGCGAGCUGACGUCGUCUGUCGUGACGCCCUUCCGGCCGGCGGACGAUCUCCACUUGGCCCAUGUGGCACCCUACCAGGCCAUGGACAAUGUGCCCCUGGAGCAGGUCAUGAGGGAGGCCCCGCCGUCGUACUCGGCCACGGUGCUGCCCUCGUCCACCGAUGGCUGGUCCAAGUACUGAGUGAUCGUUGGUUCCUUUUUUUUUCUCCACGUCCAGGCCCCUGCUCUUAAUUUACUUGUCUUCCGA